UAAAAAAGGACUUUCAAAGUGGCAAGUGAGUUCUUAUAACACCCUGAUUUCCCCCCUCCCUCUCUCUCCGCGUCUAGAAAUACCUUUCCCCCUCCCUCCAAAAAGGGGAAAGAGAAACAAGAGAGAGGAAGUGUGUGUGGUGGUGGGGGGAAGCUACUGAGAGGACUGAAGCAAGACACCCUUUAAGAGAAGAGGUGGAAAGGCUGAGUUUAAAGAGAUCUAACCUGCAGCAGCAGCUCAGAUGAGCAGUAGAGGAGUUUUGAUCGGAUCCCAGUUGCUUGCUGGGGAAGCCACCAGCCCAGCUGCUAGAGGCGUUUGAUCUGAUCCCAUAUGUCUGCUGGGGGAAGCAGGAACCGGCAGAGACGUUUGAUCCCAAAUACCUGCUUAUAGGAACCAGUAAAGGAGUUUGAACUGCCACGCUCAGCAGAAAGGAAUCGGCGGAGGAGUUUGACCUGAUGCCGGGUACCCUGUUGGAGAAGCCCCCAAGAAGCCCAACACCUCCAAGAGGAGUUUGAUCUGAUCCCAGAUGCCUGGUGGAGAAGGCACCGAGCCCCGCAGACAGGGGACUUUGGUGUGAUCCCAGGUACCUGUUGGGGGAAGCCACCAAGAAGCCAGCAGCUGGGGAGGGGGGGGUUGAGCUCAGGUGCCAGCUGGAGAAGCCACCAAGCCCAGCUCACCUCUUUCUCCCCCCUUUCCCCUCCCCUCCCGUCACACUUUUUCUCCCCCCCCCCAGCCCCCUCCCUUUCCCCUGUGCCCCCCUUCCCCUGAGCGGUGAUGACCCUGUCAGGCAGCAGCAGCACCAGCGACAUGUCCGGCCAGACCGUCCUGACGGCCGAAGAUGUGGAUAUCGACGUGGUGGGAGAAGGGGACGAAGGGCUGGAGAAGGACAGCGACGGCGAGGCCAGCAGCCCGGCCGGGCUGCACCUGGAGGAGGCGGAGGAGCUGCUGCUCCCCAAGGAGGCGGGGGCAGGAGGGGAGCGCAGCGGCAGCGGCAGCCCGGCGGAGGCCACCCCUAGCGGGGCGGCGGACGGGGGGCAAGGGGCAGGCAGCGGCGGCGGGGUGGGGGAGGACGGCGGCGGGGCCCUGCCGGGACAGAGCAAGCCCAAGAACAGCCUGGUGAAGCCGCCCUACUCCUAUAUCGCGCUCAUCACCAUGGCCAUCCUGCAGAGCCCGCAGAAGAAGCUGACGCUGAGCGGCAUCUGCGAGUUCAUCAGCAACCGCUUCCCCUACUACCGGGAGAAGUUCCCGGCCUGGCAGAACAGCAUCCGCCACAACCUCUCGCUCAACGACUGCUUCGUCAAGAUCCCCCGCGAGCCGGGCAACCCGGGCAAGGGCAACUACUGGACGCUGGACCCCCAGUCCGAGGACAUGUUCGACAACGGCAGCUUCCUCCGCCGCAGGAAGCGCUUCAAGCGCCACCAGCAGGAGCACCUGCGCGAGCAGACGGCGCUCAUGAUGCAGAGCUUCGGCGCCUACAGCCUGGCCAGCCCCUACGGCCGGCCCUACGGGCUGCACCCCGGCGCCUACCCGCACCCGGCCGCCGCCGCCCUGCAGUACCCCUACAUCCCGCCCGUGGGGCCCAUGCUGCCCCCGGCCGUGCCCCUGCUGCCUUCCAGCGAGCUGAGCCGCAAAGCCUUCAACUCCCAGCUCAGCCCCAGCCUCCAGCUGCAACUCAACAGCCUGAGCGCCGCCAGCUCCCUCAUCAAGUCGGAGCCCAGCAGCCGGCCCUCGUUCAGCAUCGAGAACAUCAUCGGGGUGUCGGCCACCAGCUCAGGGAGCAGCGCACAGACUUUCCUCCGGCCCCCGGUCACCGUCCAGUCCGCCCUCAUGGCCCACCAGCCGCUGUCUCUCACCCGGACCACAGCAGCCAUUGCCCCCAUCCUGAGCGUGCCUACAAACAUUAUCUCGGGACAGUUCCUGCAGCCCGCAGCGUCCGCUGCAGCCGUGCAGGCAAAAUGGCCAGCCCAGUAAUUAAGAACUGCCCCGGGCUCAGUGCUGACUCUUUGCUUUUUUUAUUAUUAUUAUUUUAUAUCCAUCUAUCUAUAAAUAAGAGACUCGAGGGGGGCGGAAACCCCCAACCUCUCUUCCUAUCAAUCAGAGACAAAACCCCUG